AUGUCUGUCGACGACAAGGCCAGAGAGCGCGCCCGCGACAACGACAAAGCCGCAUUUGCUCUACCGCUGCCCGUCAUGAGUGCUGCAGAAUCGUCGGAAACGCCUCAGUCUCGGGAUUCCAAUCGAUUUAGCCCCAAUGUCAUCCUUCGUCCCCUCCUGCUGCUGUUCAUAAUUUUUAUCUGCCUUCAUUUCUCUGCGUACACUGGCUACGCACUGCCUUGGUUCGGAAGUGUGCAGACUGUCGACUUGACCAGCGGGACAUGUCCUCAGGCUCCAGUUCCGCCGCACGAUCCUACGACGGAGGUUUACGAUACAGAUAGGUUCAGGAAGGUGGCACUGGAAAGGUUGCAAGGCGCUGUCAGGAUUCAAAUCCUUGGUGGCACGAUUUGUGUACGGGUAGCCCAGGUGUUCGACGAUAUGGGUGAUCCGCAAGACGAGUCACAGGACGAACGCUGGCUCCCCUUCCUGGACUUUCACCAAUAUCUAAAUGACACUUUCCCUCUCGUGUAUUCUCGCUUUGAACUCAUUAAGAUCAACAACUAUGCCCUUGUUUAUAUUCUUCCCGGCUCCGACCCUUCCCUCAAGCCUACAAUGUUAACCGCUCACAUGGAUGUAGUUCCCGUUCCCGAGGGAUCAUGGGAGGAGUGGACACACAACCCAUUUGAUGCUCAUUUUGACGGAACAUGGGUCUGGGGACGCGGCGCGUCAGAUUGUAAGAAUAACGUCAUCGGCCUCCUCACUACCUUCGAACAUCUCCUCGAUCUGUCCAAUCCGGAGGUCUUCACACCUCGUCGCACCAUCAUCCUUGCAUUCGGAUCGGACGAGGAAAGUAACGGAAGUUACGGAGCUGGGCAAAUCAACAAGUUUUUGCUGGGGAGGUACGGCAAGGAUGGAAUAGCAGCGAUAUUGGACGAGGGUGGCAGUGGCCUGCAAGAACUGUACGGUCGGGCGUUCGCACUGCCGGCCGUGGCAGAAAAGGGGGCGGCCGACGUCGAAAUAGAGGUUCGGAGCCCAGGCGGUCAUUCGAGCGUUCCACCGGAACACACUUCGAUCGGAUAUAUGGCGAAGUUUAUCACAGCGCUCGAAGACGAGGAAUCUGCGAUUUAUCAUCCGGUGCUGACGCUGGAGCAUCCGAUAUAUGAAUAUUUAGAAUGCCUGACAACUCACGGCCUAUCCGACCGGGUCCCAAACCUACUGAAACGUCUCCUUCGCCUUGGACGAGUAGACCUCCUUGCACAGUGGUUCGCAGCGCAAGGACCAGCCGAGCGAUUUCUGUUAGAGACCAGUGUGGCGGGGACGAUUGUGCAGGGUGGCGUUAAAACGAACGCGUUGCCGGAGAGGGCGACAUUGAAUAUCAAUUCGCGCGUCGAGAUCACCCAGUCCAUAUCCGAACAUGAAACAGCCUUGACCAACUUCUUCAUCCCCCUCGCGUCUUCGCUCGACCUGUCGCUCGAUGCAUUUGGGACGCAGGUGCUCAUCGCGCCGGACGAUGUGGCCAAGGGUAAUAUUACGAUCAGGAUGUUUAGCACUCCGUCCGACGCGAGCCCUAUCACCGCCACUAAAGCAAAGUCUGGAGGGCUGGAUAAGGUCUGGGAGGCAUUCGGGAGUGCGGUGAAGGGGGCGUUUGGGGCUGAUGUGAUCGCCGCACCGUCGUUGAUGACCGGAAAUACGGAUACGAGGAACUAUCUGGAUUUGAGUGGGUCGAUAUUGCGGUGGUCUCCAGCGAAAUUGGGGACGCGUCUCAACGCACAUACGAGAGACGAACGUGUCAUGCUCGAUACGCAUAUCGAGGGUAUAAGGUUCUAUACUUAUUUCGUGAAGAACUUAGACCAGAUGGAGGAUGAGUGA